GCCAACAGUUCAUUAAUGAUCUAUGCAUUAAUGUGGCUCUCGUUGGCCAUGACAAUGGAGGCCCUAGAUGCCCCACUGCCCCUAUCCCUGGCGGAUUUCCCCCUGAUGGCGCUGGAACAGGGCAAACACCAUUACCAGGAAGCGGGUGUGGAAUCGUUGCCGGGAUUAACAGGAUAUACGCGAAAUUAUUAUGGCCCCACUGACACUGCAACGGCCGAUGACUUGGCAACAUAUGGAAAUUAUGCUCACAAGCUUUUUGCCACCCACCACGCCAAUUCACAUCCACAUCACACCAUACCAUCCCUGGGCACCACGGCCAAUGGCUUUGUGCCCUUCUACUACAACAGCAAACUGCAUUCGCACCCGCAAUUCCACGAGGACGAGGAGCCGCGUCGCGACCCAUCGGCCAAUAUCGAUUUUGUCAUUAAUACGGCAAAUUAUGAGCCAAAUUCCGCUGGCUAUGAGGAGGAGCCUCGUCACAGGGAGCACUACUAUGGGCCGCGGGUGCCGUUUGCCACUGCGACGCCUCCCAGUCAUUACCAUUUCGAGCAAAUUUCCAAUUAUCGGGAGAACCGGCAGGAGAAGGAGGAGCACAGGCAGCAGGAGCAGGAUGACGCCAGUGUCUAUGAGCGGCUCAAAGAGCUCCAAAGACUGGCUAACCCAGUGAAGCGUCAGCAGGAGGAGUCCUUGGCGAGUCACCAUCAAAAUCAGGAGCAGCCAGGCAGACAUUUGCCACAGAAGCAGCAACCUCUACGAGAUCAAAGACAGCAACAGCGAUUGGGAGUUGCCCAGGAUCAGCAGCUGUUGUACUCCCACAAGGAUGGCCAAAUUGCCGAUCUCCCAGCCAUAACCACCAGUGUUCGUCAUACCCCGGAGAGCAGUAAAGCAGUGGCUGGAUUGCCACUCGCCAAGCACAUCGAGAUCACCAAGAACGUGCCCGUCACCCACUACCAGAAGCAGCAUGUGCCCUACAAGCAGACCGUUCAGAUGCAAGUGCCCCGCACCGUGAUUGCCGCCAUUCCGAAGCCCAUGCCCAUUAAGAUACCAGUGGCCAAGACGGUGGCGGUGCCGCAGCUGCAGGAGGUCAAGAUUCCCAUCGAACGGGUGAAGCCGGUGCCCGUGGAGCGACCCAUUCCCUUUGUGGUGGAGCGACGCGUGCCCUACCGAGUGGAGAAGCCGGUGGUUUCGCCCGUCUACUAUCCGUAUCCCGUCAAAGUGCCAGUGGUGCGCACGGUGGUGCACAAGCAGCGACCCCACUACGUGGCUCCUGGAUGGAGUGCCACCGGCAAUCAUCUGCUGGGUUGA